CAGCGCCCUUGCGGAGUUGUGUUGUGGUGAAUUUAGCACAACGAUCGAACAUUACUCGUACUCUAAGAGUUAUUUUUAAACGAAAUAAAUAUCUUAACAUUCACUACAUUGAGGACAAAUAUAUUUCUUCUCAAAUUACCAAGACAGAAGAGCAAACAUCUGAUAAUAAUGUCACAAAUGAUUUUUGUAAGGAAGAUGAUAUCUAUGGCAUUAAUGAAUUUUAUGAAUCACUUCAGCCUCGUGUAAAUCCAGAGGUGUCCCUCAAAACAGAACAGUUGGCAACAAAAUACAACAUUCCCAAUAUUAUCCCAAAGAAAAAAUUUGACACAGUUCAAGUGCCAUAUGGAUAUGUUCGCUUAGAUCCAGGUGUUUCAAAUAAGUUCCUAACGAGCCAAUCUUCUGAUAAAAAUGAAUCCUACAAUGUUAAAACUAAGCGACAAAGAAGAAAAGUGAAAAAUGUAAACACUUUAGAAAAUGACAACAUGCAAAUGGUAAUUAAUAAGGAGUCUUAUCCAGUAGUCAGAGAUGUUUCUAUACAAGAUUCUGAUUUAGCAGACAAAAAUGGUGAUAUCCUACAAAAUUUCUCAUCAAAUUUGAAAAAUCCUAGACUACAGCCAACUAGACAAGGAAAGGCUGCAAUAUUAAGUAGAGAAAAGAGAGAUUAUGAAAUGAAACACCCAGCCAAAAGUAAAUCAGAAAGACAAACUGCUACUAAUGAAGAGUAUAGACCCUCUAAUGAUAUUGAUCAAAACUACUUUGAUUCGUCUGUAAACCUAGGGAUGGAUAAACAAACAAAGAUGUCUAACAACACAUCUACAACUGUUGAGACACAAUAUUUUCCCUAUCUAUUAAAGCAGGAGAGCACACUGGAAAACUCCCAUCUUAAAGCUAAAUCUGUGACAGAAGACAACCAUGAUAACUUUAUAGACCAGCAAUAUUUUGACACUGUGCAUAACCAGGAACCUUACAGUAAUAUUCUAUGUGAAUCAAGCAGAAAUGUUUCAAAUAUUUCAGAUCACAGUCAUGACAGUGCAAACAUAAAAUCAGAAUCUUUUGGUGAAACACAAAGUAACAUUAUAGAUCAGCAAUAUUUUGAUUAUGCACUGAAGCAUGAAAGUGAUAGAGAUGGUCUAAAGGAAAAUACCAACAAUAAACCAGAUAUAUUAACUGAUCGUAAAUGUAUAGAACAUGAACAAGAAAAUAAUAAGUUAUCGGCUGUUUCACUUGAAGAAAUUGAUUAUAACCAAUUAAAUGAUCAUGAAAUUUCAAUUGAAAGUCAGUAUUUUAAUAAUUUACAUACAACAGAAAAGACAAACAGUAAUCACCAGUCAGAAAUAGAAAAGGGAAAUCCAAAUGAUAUAAAUCAAAGUAAAAUUACUCUUGAUUUAACCAUAGAACAUCAACAGGCAUCUGCUUAUAAACGUAAUCAAAAUGUCUCUUCAGGAAAACUACAUAACGAGAAAAGUCUCUCUACAGCUGAGGAAGCUGCCAGAAAAAUAAGAGAUGAGCUUGACGAUACAUCUAUAUUGUCUAAAGAAACAGCAGAACCAAUAAGAAAGAAACUCAGGCAAAACAAAGAAAUGAAGCAAAAGUUACAUGAUAUGACCUCUACAGAGGUCGUUAGCAAGCUUUAUCAUAGUAUUGUGUAUGAUAGAGAUGAUAUAAUAGCAAUCAGUAAACCCUAUGGAAUGCCUUGUGUUGAUGGCCCUGGAAUUCAUUUAACUGUACAGAACUGUUUAGAAAAGUUAAAGAACCAUGUUGACCCAGAACUGAAGAAGCUCCACCUUAUUACUCACUUAGACAGAGAUUCAACAGGGAUUAUCUUGUUAGCAAAAACAGAAAUGAUGGCCUUCAGAUUGACAGAAGCUUAUAAGAAAAAUGAAGUGAUAAAGAAAUUCUUUGUUUUGACCAAAGGCAUUCCUAAUCCUGAAGAAGGUGUCAUAGACAUACCAAUUGCAGAAGGCAAGAUAGAUGGAAAAUACAGGAUGGUUCUGAAACCUGAAGGAUUCAACAGACCUAAAGGAACUUCCAAAGCAGAAACUCAGUAUAAAGUAUUGUCAACCUCUGGCAAUGCUGCUUUAGUAGAAUGUAUUCCCUUGACAAGUGUAAAACAUCAGAUUAGAGCACAUAUGUUCUUUGGAUUGAACACCCCUAUCCUUGGAGACCACAAGUAUUCACAUAUAACCAAAAUGGCUCCACAGAAGAUAUUUCCUGACAUGCUGACUCGCCUGAGGAUACGACAAGCUGAAGUGCGUUACCUACCAUUACAUUUACAUGCCAGGUCCUUAGUUAUCCCAGAAUUCAUUGACGGUAGAAAUCUCAACAUCACAGCUUAUGUUCCUGACUUCUUUGUCAAUAACAUGAAAAGAUUGAAAUUAGAUUUCAAGAAACAUUUGUAAACUUAUGAAAUGGAGAGAAAGAAAUAUUUGUGAACUUAUGAAAUAGAGAGCAAGAACAUUUUGUGAACUUAGGAAAAAGACUAUAAAACCCAUUAGCUUUUGUUUUUA